AUGUAUCUUGAUCAGAUCGCUACCCUUUCAACAACUUCAACUUUUGUUACUCCAAUCGUGAAACAGGUAUGUAACUUCGAACAAAUUCAAUAAUUAUUUUCAUUUUUUUCUGCAGAGAGAAGUUGAUUACUUGUAUCUGGUUGCUUUUUGGCUUGUUUUUGUCGUAUGUUUCGUGGCAUUUGUGAUGGUUUUUAAUGUGUGCUGCUGUAUUACUGCAAUAAGGUAAAAAAUUAAUAAGACAUUCAAAAAAACUAGAUUUUUCUUCAGAAAUGCCGCCUCUCGCCGGCGAGACAUCCAUCAACUUCCAAGACCCGGAACUCCAAUGCCAAAUCGAAGAUUCAUCGAAACAAUUAUGUGA